AUGCUGGCGGGCGGCGGGCAGCGCCUGCCCCUGCUCUUCCUCCUCCUACUCCUCCUCCUGGUGCAGGCAAGUGCUGUGCCGGGCAGCUCGGGGAGCUGCUCUCGCCCGCGCUGCCCGGCGGAGGCUCCGCGCUGCGCGCCCGGCGUGCCCGCCGUGCUCGACGGCUGCUCGUGCUGCCCGGUGUGCGCCCGGCGGCGCGGCGAGAGCUGCUCCGCGCUGCUGCCCUGCGACGAGAGCAGCGGCCUCUACUGCGAGCGCGGCCACGACGACGGCGGCGCCAGCGGCAUCUGCAUGGUGCUGGAAGGGGACAACUGCGUGUUUGACGGCAUGAUCUACCGCAACGGGGAGACCUUCCAGCCCAGUUGCAAGUAUCAGUGCACCUGCCGCGACGGGCAGAUCGGCUGCCUGCCCCGCUGCAACCUCGACCUGCUGCUCCCCGGCCCCGACUGCCCCUUCCCCAGGAAAGUGGAGGUCCCCGGAGAGUGCUGCGAGAAGUGGGUCUGCGACCCCAAGGACGACGUCAUUCUGGGAGGCUUUGCUAUGGCCGCGUUCAGACAGGAGGCYACGCUGGGGAUCGAUGUUUCCGAUUCGAGUGCCAACUGCAUCGAGCAGACGACGGAAUGGAGUGCUUGCUCCAAGAGCUGCGGCAUGGGCUUUUCCACACGCGUCACCAACAGGAAUCAGCAGUGUGAGAUGGUGAAGCAGACCCGGCUUUGCAUGAUGAGACCUUGUGAGAAUGAGGAGUCUCCUGAUAAGAAAGGGAAGAAAUGUAUCCGAACAAAGAAGUCCCUGAGAGCUGUUCGCUUUGAGUACAAGAACUGCACGAGCGUGCAGCUGUACAAACCACGUUACUGUGGCCUCUGCAAUGAUGGGCGAUGCUGCACCCCACAUAACACCAAAACGAUCCAGGUCGAGUUCCGUUGUCCUCAGGGCAAGGUCGUAAAGAAGCCGAUGAUGCUGAUCAACACCUGUGUUUGCCACAAUAACUGUCCUCAGAGCAACAACGCUUUCUUCCAGCCAUUGGAGCUAACGUCUAGUGAAGUGAAAAUAUGAAAUGCUUUAGUGCUUUAAUUAGGUGGCUCAAAAGGUAUAAAUAUUUUAUGUAGAACUUGACCCACAAUCAAGUGAAUCUAAGUGAAUAUUUAAGAUAUCUAGGAUGUUUUUUUCUGAACAAUCUAGACAUUUUUUCCCUAUAGUUUAUUAAAUACCUCAUUUUACAUCUGCCCCUCUCCAAAUAUCAUUUUUUCACUUGAACAAAAUUUUGUACCUUGGACAAAAGGUAUUUUUUUUCUAUUUUCUUUUAUUUCUAUUUUUUUUUUUGUUUUGUUUUGUUGUGUAAAGCUCAUUAAAUGAACAGCUAGUCCCUCUCCAUGAGUUAUGGGAAUUAUGCUGCUGACUUCAGUGGUCACAAGACUGGGCUCUUUAGUAGCAAAUGGAUUCCCUGGGGAAUGCAUGGCACUGUGUCACGUAAGCUUCCAAAUUCUUAACCUUAGUUUGCAUAAUAUCUACAAACAUUUAUGCGGUGUUCGUUUUCUAUUCUGUUGAAAUUCUAUUUCUGAUGAUGGUAAAAAUCUUACUGAUCAGAGUGCUGAAUUCCGUAUAAAAUAUUGUCUCUCUGUAGAUUUGACCUCCUCUGAGGAUUCAGUUUGCACAAACUUCUGACAUGACAAAACUAAGAUCUCUUAUCCUAAAGUAUAGGAGAUUGAUAGCUGAUUGCAAUUAAAUUACUCUUUGGCAGCUUCACUAGCAGCCUAUGCAAAACCCAAUGUCAAUGACUCCAGUGGACUUGGUUCUAACCAAUGUGUUUCUGUAGAUAUAAACGUUAGGGUGCAAAAAUAAGAAUUAUGUAAAUUCUUCUAAAAUACUAAUUG